AGCGCCCCUCUCCUGCUCGCACACGCUAAUUAACGACAAAAUCGAUGCCACCUUUGAUAUAACCCUGAAAGCCUGUCCAUAUGGCUCCGGCUAUGGCUGUGCCCACUCCCUGCAAAUUUACUGGCAAUCAAUACCAUACACGUUGGAUAAUAUAAACGGUACUGUACACCUAUCGACGCCGGCUAAGAAUCUUCCCAUACCCGUACAGGUGAUGGGCAUGAAAAUCAUACCAGUUGCACAGCAUAUGCAAAUUCAGUUGGAGUCUGUUGGCCUGCAAAUCGACUGGGAUCGUCAUCAGUACUUGGGCAUUCACGCUGGCCCAUUGCUGUGGUCCAAAGUUGGCGGUCUCUGUGGCUCACUCGAUGGUGAUUACAAGAAUGACUUGAUGGCAAAAAGCGGCGUGGUUGUCGAGACCGUCAAGUCCUUCACAGAUUCCUGGCGCGUUGAUGACAAAUCGGAUUUGUGUAUAAUGGAAAAUAGUCGCGAACUGGAGUUUGGUUCAGAGUCCUGCGAAGCAGCUAAACAGAAAAAGGCUAUCGAAGUCUGUGGUCGUCUGUUGUCUAACGAAAAACUGUCGGACUGCGUGAAAGGUAUCAACUUCGAGGCACUGCUGCGAGCUUGCGUGGACGACUACUGCAACUGUCCGAAUCGUGAGCAUCCAGAGAUGUGUAAUUGCGAUGCGGUGGCUAUGUUGGCGAAAGAAUGCAGCUUUAAGGGUGUAAAGUUGGAGCAUGGUUUUCGUGAUUUGGAGAUAUGCCCCGUAAGCUGCAGCUAUGGACGUGUCUAUUUGCCAUGCGGCCCGGAUGUAGAACCCACCUGCGACAUGGCAGUGACGCCGAGCAAAGAGAAAUGUAAUGAGGGUUGCUUUUGUCCCGAGGGUACUGUGCAGUACAAGGACGCUUGCAUCACGCAAGAGCUGUGCCCAUGCACCAUGCGCGGAAAGGAGUUUAAGCCGGAAGCGACUAUUAAAAAGAAGUGUAACACAUGCACAUGCAAGGGCGGCCAGUGGAAAUGUACGGAUGAGGAGUGUGGCGCUCGCUGUGGCGCCAUCGGCGAUCCACAUUAUCAGACUUUUGAUGGCAAACGCUUCGAUUUUAUGGGUCAGUGCUCCUACUAUCUGUUGAAAACGCCAAAACUAUCCGUCGAAGCAGAGAACGUUGCCUGCUCUGGCGCUAUUUCGGAAAAUCUGAAUUUAGUGGCCGCUGCGGAGAAUCCGUCCUGCACUAAAUCGGUUACACUCCGCUUUACACUCAAGAAUGGCGUACCGACCACUGUGCGUCUGAAUCAGGGUAUGUCUGUGCAUAUCAAUGAAAAGGAGAUCACAAAGUUCCCGAAAAUAGUUGGCGCUGGCGAAGUACUCAUACGUUUGGCCAGUUCGAGUUUCAUGACGGUAGAGUUUCCUGAUGGCAUACGCAUUUGGUGGGAUGGCAUCUCGCGUGUCUAUAUCGAUGCUCCGCCCAGCUAUCGUAAUCAGACUGCAGGUCUGUGCGGCACAUUUAAUUCGAAUACGCAGGACGACUUCCUAACGCCAGAGGGUGAUAUUGAGACGGCUGUUGAGCCGUUCGCAGAUAAAUGGCGCACCAAAGACACUUGCGACUUCCCGACUGACACUGUGCCCGGUCCCCAUCCAUGCAGUGCCAACCCCGAUAAGCGCGCUGAUGCGGAGAAAUACUGCAACUGGAUAAUGGAUGACAUAUUCCAAGACUGUCAUUGGACUGUCGAACCGGAGCAGUACUACGAGGAUUGCCUGUACGAUGUGUGCGCGUGCAAAGAUGAGCCAGACAAGUGCUUCUGUCCCAUCUUGGCUGCGUACGGUACUGAGUGCAUGCGGCAAGGCAUCAAGACUGGUUGGCGUUUGGCGGUUAAAGAGUGUGCUGUUAAAUGCCCUAUGGGUCAAGUAUAUGACGAAUGUGGCGACACCUGCGCGCGCACUUGCAGCGAUCUAGCAUCUAAGAACAGCUGCAAGAAGGAGUGUGUUGAUGGUUGUCGCUGUCCACAUGGCGAAUACUUGAAUGAAAAGAAUGAAUGCGUGCCACAGCACAAAUGUCCUUGCACCUACGAUGGCAUCACCUUCAAAUCGGGGUACAAGGAAGUGCGUCCGGGUGAAAAGUUUCUCGAUUUGUGCACCUGCACCAACGGUUUGUGGGAGUGUGAGGAUGCCGAACCUGGCGAUGAGGAAAAAUAUCCACCUUCAUCACAGCUACGCGCCGAGUGUGCUAAGCGUCCCUUCGCAGAGUUCUCAAAGUGUGCGCCCAAAGAGCCGAAAACCUGUAAAAAUAUGCACGAGUAUGUGGAGAACCUCGAGGAUUGCACACCGGACUGUGUCUGCAUGGCUGGUUAUGUCUACGACACUUCACGUAAAGCUUGCGUUCUGCCGGAGAACUGUUCAUGUCAUCAUGGCGGUAAGAGCUACUCGGAUGGUGAGAAGAUAAAGGAGGAUUGCAAUUUAUGCGUGUGCAAGAGCGGAAAUUGGUCGUGUUCCUCGAAUGGCUGCGGCUCAACCUGCUCCGUUUGGGGUGACUCGCACUUUACCACGUACGACAAUCAUGAUUUUGACUUCCAAGGCGCCUGCGAUUAUAUACUCUCCAAAGGUGUUGCAGACAAUGGCGAUGGUUUUGCGGUUACCAUACAGAAUGUCCUGUGUGGCACCAUGGGUGUUACUUGUUCCAAGUCUGUAGAGAUAUCGCUGACGGGAAGUGUACAGGAUACGCUGACGCUUACAGCAGAUACGGCAUACAUUACAGAUCCCAACAAAUCCGCGAUUAAAAAACUACGCGACGCCAGCAACACCAAAGGUCAUGGCGCCUUUCACAUCUACAAAGCUGGCGUCUUCAUUGUGGUCGAGGUAAUACCACUCAAAUUGCAAUUAAAAUGGGAUGAAGGUACACGCGUCUAUGUGAAACUCGGUAACGAAUGGAAGAAUAAGGUAAAAGGAUUGUGCGGCAAUUACAAUGACAACGCCAUCGAUGACAUGCAAACGCCAUCGCAAGGCAUCGAAACAAGUCCACUCAUUUUCGGACACGCAUGGAAGGUGCAACAAUUUUGCGCGCAACCAACAGCGCUCAUAGAUGCGUGCAAAGAGCAUCCGGAACGUGAGACGUGGGCACAACUCAAGUGUGGUGUCCUCAAAUCGGAAAUAUUUAAGGAUUGUCACGCUGAAGUCUCUGUUGAGAAGUACCUGAAACGUUGCAUAUUCGAUACGUGCGCUUGCGACCAGGGUGGCGAUUGUGAGUGUCUAUGUACAGCGGUGGCCGCCUAUGCACACGCCUGCUCACAAAAGGGCAUCAAUAUACGUUGGCGUACGCCACACUUCUGUCCCAUGCAAUGCGACCCCCACUGCGCUGAGUACCAAGCUUGCACGCCCGCCUGUGCCGUCGAGACCUGUGAUAAUUUCCUCGACCAGGGCAUGGCCGAACGCAUGUGCAAUCAGGAGAACUGCCUUGAAGGCUGCUUUAUUAAGCCCUGCGAAGAGGGCAAGAUCUAUCUCAACGACACCUACAAAGAGUGUGUACCGAAGGCUGAUUGUAAGCCAGUGUGCAUGUUGCGCGACGGCAAGACCUACUAUGAAGGUGAUGUCACAUAUGCAGAUGAUUGCGCUACGUGUCGCUGCUCUAAGAAAAAAGAAGUAUGCAGCGGCGUGAAGUGUAGGGAGCCAACGACGACGGAGCGGCCAGUCAAUUUGGUGGUCGAUAGCACCACACAGCAUCCAAUGGGCACCGAUACACAACCGAAGUGUGUGCGCGGUUGGACACGCUGGUUCGAUAAGGACGCCGAUACAUCAGGCAAGCUUAUACAUCUAAAUGAUGAGGAAAAGCUGCCGCGCUACGAUCGCAUGGAGAGCAUUUAUGGCACGUGUCAGAAGAAGUAUAUGAAAAAAAUUGAAUGUCGCGUAGUGGAUACUCACGAAUCGCCCGACUAUAUGGAUGAGAAUGUGCGCUGCGAUCUGCAGGAGGGGCUCGUUUGCCAAGGAAAAUGUCACGAUUAUGAAAUACGCGUCUUCUGCCAGUGCGAUGAGGAGCCGGUGACGCCACCAACGCCAACUGAGCGUCCACAAAUCGGACAGCCAUGCGAUUCGAUGAUUGCGGAAUAUAAGGAAUAUCCAGGAGACUGUCAUAAAUUCCUGCACUGUCAGCCAACUAAUGACGGCAGUGGUUGGACGUACGUGGAGAAGACGUGCGGUGAAUACAUGAUGUUCAAUCCAACUGUGUAUGUAUGUGAUCACAUAGCGACCGUGCAGCAGAUCAAACCAAGCUGUGGAAAGCCAAUACCUGGCGCGGAGGUCGAAGUGCCAAGCGAAUGCGACGAGGGAAAGGUGAUGGUCGAGUGUGCCAAUCAGUGUGAAUUCACUUGCGACUUCUACGGUUCGGUUCUGCGCAAGCGUGGUCUUUGCAAGAAGGGCGAACACUGCAAACCUGGCUGUGUAGAUAAGCAGCGACCCGAUUGCUGGUCUCUGGGUAAGUACUGGCGGGAUGAGGUAACUUGCGUGGAAAUGGACGAGUGUCCGUGUAUGGAUAAAUCGGAGAAGUACGUGCAGCCACAUAUGCCGGUCUUCAGCGAAGAUGAGGUCUGUCAGUGCAUAGACAAUGCAUACACUUGUGUGCCUAAUAAACUGCCUGAGACGACCAAGCUGCCCUACUUCCUGAGCACUACACCUACCACAAAAGAACACGAGCCAGAGUUGCUGCCACCAACGCUUGCGCCACAUUUGCAGUGCGUGCCGGAACGUUUCAAACCUCUGAUACAAGGCGACGAACCACUGCUUGACAGCGCCUUCAAUGCCAGUUCCAGCCUCAACCCCUAUAGUACACCUUUUAUGGCACGAAUUCCUCAAAACCUGAAGAGCAGCAUCGGUAGCUGGUCGCCGGGCAUAGAUGACCAGAUGCAGUACUUGCAGAUAAGCUUCCCCGAACCUGAGCCAGUAUUUGGCGUCAUCAUGGCCGGUAGUCCAGAUUUCGAUAACUACGUCACGCUUUUCAAGAUACUCUACAGCCACGACGGCGAGUCCUAUCACUAUGUGGUGGAUGAGUCCGAUACACCGCAGAAGUUCAACGGUCCACUCGACUCACGUACGCCGCAACAGACGUUCUUCAACAUACCCGUCGAAGCCAAGUCCUUACGCAUCUACCCACUGAAAUGGCAUGGCCGUAUUGCUAUGCGGGUUGAGCUGCUUGGUUGCGGCGAACCAAGUACAACUACCACACCGGCAACCACAACAGAGUCCAAAUUCGAAAAGCUCAUUUUGACGACUACACCGCAACCGGUUAUCUGGCAGGGUGAAGGCAAGUGUGUGGAUCACAUGGGUGUUGACAACGGUCAAAUGCAUCCGAAGCAGGUGAAGGCCAGCAGCAUCUGGACACUGCCACAACCGGCCAAGAAGCCACGAUUGAUAGAUCUGCUCAAGCUCUCCUCCCCUGUAGGCUGGCGACCUGUGGCCAACUCACCAAACGAAUAUGUGCAGUUCGACUUCUUGGCGCCCCGCAAUAUCUCUGGUUUCGUCACGAAAGGUGGUCCAGAUGGCUGGGUUACCAGCUUCAAGGUGAUGUUCUCCAAGAAUAAAUUGAUUUGGAACAAAGUGCUCUUCUUCGACGGUCAACCAGAACAAUUCCGCGGAAAUUAUGAUUCAAAUAGCGAGGUGAUAAACACUUUCCGCUCGCCUAUACUGACGCAGUAUUUCAAGAUUGUGCCUUCCAAGUGGGAGAAGAAUAUAAAUAUGCGCAUAGAGCCUGUGGGAUGUUUCGAGACUUACUUGGAAGUUAAGGAGGAGGAACCCGAGGUUGAAAGCGAGCUGCCGAAAUGUCACGCCUGCGAUGGCGUUCAAGGCGCUACAGGACCAGAUGGUGUUUGUAAAUGCAAGAACGGUUUAUUCUGGGAUGGUCAGAACUGCGUGCAAAGUAAUCUGUGUCCCUGCGUUGAAGAAUAUAGCACUUACCCCAUCGGCACCAAGUACGAGAAUAAGCAGUGCGAGGAGUGUGUUUGCGUUUUGGGUGGCCAUUCUAACUGCAAGCCCAAAAAGUGUCCGCCAUGCGUGGAGACUAACUUACGCUCCUUGGUCACGCCAGAUUGCUUCUGCAAAUGUGAACCUUGUCCAAAAUAUCAGCGCAUCUGUCCGUCAAGUGGUGACUGCAUACCCGAGCUGUUAUGGUGUAAUGGCGUGCAAGAUUGCGCGGAUGAUGAGGAUGAUUCUUGUGAGAAGAAGUUUGAAGUGACGCCGCAACCAAUUGUUAAUAAGAAUGAAACCGUCAUCAUCAAGUGCCCAGAACCCGAAUGUCCACCUAAUAUGAAGAUUAAGGUUUUUGAGAAGAAACAGCGUAAAAUGUCGCAGAUGUUCGCCAAGUCUUUCACCGACAUGGAAGCCAUGGGCAGCAAUAUGUUCAAAGUGACUAAGACCAAAGUGUUGGUAAGCGAAACUGAAGAAUUCCUUAUGAUGCCAACAGAAGAAGUAGCCGGCGUGGAGGAGGAAGAGUGUGCCGAAUUCACUUGUGUGCCAAUACCCACAAAAGUGGUGCAGAAGAAUGAAACGGUUGUUUGUAUGGAGCCUAAGUGCCCAGAGAACUAUGAAAUAGAAUUGGAUAUGUCCAAUGCUAAGCCGGGACAAUGCAGCAAGUAUGCAUGCGUACUGAAGCCCACCAAAGAUGAUGUGUGUGAAAUAAGUGGCAAAUUCUUCACAACCUUUGAUGGAACUGAGUUCAAGUAUGACACUUGUAGCCAUAUACUUGCGCGGGAUAUCAAGAAUUCCAAUUGGGUGAUAACUGUCCACCUCCUCUGCGAAGAUGAAUCACGCAAGGUUUGCCAUAAAAUGGUCACCAUUAAGGACAUCGAAUCAGCGGCCAUACUAACGAUUAUGCCUAAUAUGAAAUUGAAUUUCAAUGGCUUCGACUACACCGUGUCGCAGCUUAUGAAUUCACCCGUCUGCAAGGCGGCCUUUGUUAUCUCUCAGCCGGGCAGCACUGUGUUGGUGGUUUCGCGCAAACAUGGCUAUUGGUUACUUUACGAUGACAUCGGUUACAUCAAGAUUGGCAUUUCGUCCAAGUAUUUACGCACCGUUGAUGGUCUGUGUGGCUACUAUGAUGGCAUAGCAAACAAUGACAAACGCACACCAGAUGGCAGUCUAAUGCAGAACACAGUGAAGUUUGGCGACAGCUGGUUCGACAAAAAGAUACCGAAGGAAAUGUGCUACCCACAAGCGUGUCCAUUUGAGUUGCAGAAGAAGGCACUAGCGCUAUGCAAUGCCAUUAAGCAUCCGGUGUUCGUUAAGUGCAACAAGGCGGUCAACUACAAACAAUUCGUCAGCAAAUGCAUGGAGACCACUUGUGAGUGCCUGCGGGCACAUCCGGGCGAGGACAACACUUGCAAAUGCAAUGCACUGCAGGACUUUGUUGCCAAGUGUUUGACAAUUAAUCCCAAUAUACAAUUGAAUUUGUGGCGUGCGGUGCAACAGUGUGAUAUCGAUUGCCCUGCGCCACUUAUCCACUCCGAUUGCUACAAACGCCGCUGUGAGCCAUCCUGUGACUCGCUAAACACCGACGAUUGCCCCAUAAUACCGGACGCCUGCUUCCCCGGCUGCUAUUGUCCCGAAGGCACUGUGCGCCAGGGUAAGAAAUGUGUAACUGUGGCCGAUUGCAAGGACUGCGUCUGCAAUUCCAUCGGCAAGUCGCAGUUCUUCACUUACGACAAGAGAGAUUUCCACUUCAACGGCAACUGUACAUAUCUGCUGUCGAGAGAUAUAGUAUUGCCAGGACAGCAUAAUUUCCAGGUCUAUGUCACAAUGGACUAUUGCAAGCGACUAGGUUACACCGCCAAUGCCACACAGGACUCAUGCAUUAAAGCCUUCCAUGUCUUCAAUGGCGAUCACCUCAUACAUAUUGAGCGUCCGAAGGUCGGUAAGGUGCCACGAAUUCUCAUCGAUGGCGCAGAGGAAAAGGUGCCUUUCAAGAAAUCUUGGAUCAGUAUGCGCGAAUUAAAUGGCAAGGAAUUGUUGCUUUCACUCCUGGAAAGUCAUGUGGACUUGCGGGUAUCCUACGACGAUAUGGCCUAUGCGCUCUCUGUGCCCAGUAUCAAGUACAGCGCUAAAAUGGAAGGCCUCUGCGGCAAUUGCGACCACAAUCCCAAAAAUGAUCUUCUUGAAAAUCCCGCCAAGAAAAAAGGACGCACGCCUAGCACAGACUUGGCGGUUGUGCUACAAAGUUGGCAGGCAGAGGAGCCUAAGCUAGGCAAUGACUUACAAAUUUGCUCCCGUGAAAGCGUACCGGAGAAUGAAUGCGAACCUCCACCGGUUGAACAAGAUCCCUGCCAGUUGCUUUACAAUGACGAACUUUUCGGGCGUUGCAACAUCAUAAUUGAUCCUGGCAAAUAUGUCGCUUUGUGUCAGAAGGAGUUCUGCAAACCCGGCAGUCAACGACAAAGUGCUUGCAAUUCGAUGAACGCUUAUGCGCACGAAUGCGCAAAACAGGGCGUUUGCUUGAACUGGCGGCGUCCUGAUCUCUGCCCCUUCGAUUGUCCCACAGACCUAGUCUAUGAGCCUUGUGGUUGUGCGAGGACUUGCGAGACGAUUAAAGCCAUGCAAGAAUACGAUGCAGUCAUAAUGAAGACCGAUAAGUUUGUAAAGACUGUAGAAAUCAAAGACAUGUGCUCGGCCGAAGAACGUUUCGAGGGUUGUUUCUGUCCACAGGGAAAAGUAAUGGAAAAUGGCGAGUGCGUGCCCGAGAAAUCGUGUGUGAAAUGCGACGACUUGGUGCAUGUGCCGGGCGAGAAGUGGAAGAAGGACAAGUGCACCGAUUGUAGCUGUAACCUCGAAGGCAAAGUGGAAUGUGUGGAACAAAAGUGUCUGGUCGAGGAAAAUAUCUGCGCUGAAGGCUUUACACCGAAGAAGUUUGUGUUGGUCGAUGAGUGCUGUCCACGCUAUCGAUGUGUGCCAGAGGCGAAAUUGCCGCCUGCGAAAUUGUGUCUCGAGCCGUUGAUGCCCAUAUGUGGACCCGGACAGUUUAAAAAACAGAAGACCGGACCGGAUGGAUGUCCACAAUUCAUUUGUGAAUGCAAGCCGAAGGAGGAGUGUGAACGUCUGGAAUUGCCACGUGCGCUCAAGCCAGGCGAAAAGGUGGUAGAAGAAGAACUCGGCUGUUGUCCGACACAGGAGAUCGUCUGUGAUGUGAGAAACUGCCCACCAGCGCUAAAGGAGUGCGCUGAACGCUUCUACGAAGUGGUCAGGAAGCAGGAAUUGGGCGAUUGCUGUCCACAUUACUUGUGUGAGCCACCUAAGGAUAUGUGCAUUGUCCAAAAUACUCAAGGCGAGACGUUCAUUAAGGCACUGAAUGCAAAAUGGCCACAUCCCACGGACCCUUGCAAGCAGGAGAUGUGUACAUAUGGACCGAGCGGCAGCACGCAAAUCAUAACAACGACAGAGACCUGUGAUACUUUCUGUCCGCCUGGUUUUACUUAUGCGAAUAAGCAGCCCGCGGUCAAAUGUUGCGGCGAGUGUGUGCAAGAGAAAUGUGUGCUCGACAAUCAGCUGUACGAAGAGGACGCCAUCUGGACGAGCGCCGAUAACUGCACGAUCUACAGCUGUCAGCGGAAAGGUGAUGUGUUGAUAGUGUCUUCUUCGCAAGAAACUUGCCCAGAUGUGAGUGGCUGCCCGGCACACUUAUUGGUGACCACCGAAGGGGGUUGCUGUAAAUUAUGCAAGAGUGAACCUCCGGCCGAGGACCAGAAGAAUUGCCUCCCGGUCAGCUUGGUUGAACCGCUGACAGUAGAACUAAUAGAAAUUGUACAGCCCGGUGUGGGUAAGUGUGUGAAUAAAGCACCCAUACAGGGUUUCACAGACUGCGAGGGCGCUUGUUCGUCUGGUUCGAAAUACAAUAAAGACUCGGCUACGCACGAGAAGCAUUGCCACUGUUGCAGUAUUAAGAGUUGGAAAGCAGUAACUGUGCCACUGAUUUGUGAGAAUGGCAGCAAGCUAGAGAAAAAGGUUGACGUCCCGGCAAGCUGCGGUUGUAGCCCUUGCGCUGAGAACACUGACUAUGAAAUUGGUGAUAAAAUUGAUGUGCGAAUGCAAACCUUACCCAAAAUUCUAUCUGGCCAGCUUUCAGUGCUUUGAAGCUACAACGAAGAAGUCCACGGAUCAACGAACGAUAGCUACACUUAGAAUUAGGACUUGUUGCUAAGUUAUAAUAAAUACAAUUAACAUUCGAAUAUAAAA